AUGAUUAUUUGCAGUGAUAUGCGACCGCCUUCACCGGAAAAUUAUUUCCUCCUAACAAGAUCUUGGAUCCAGAGUUCAAUAUUGCCAGAAGCUCGCCUCGCCUCACCUCACCGAGACUUGAUCAAGCCAUUGGAAGAAGACAUUUUAUUGAUACGUCAAAUUGAGAGAGAGUCCGAGACAAUGGUCCAAUACGUCUUUACGCCAUGGCGCGACCGCUACGAACUGUUGCUCGUACGCGAGCAAAUGUACACAGGCAUCACAACCGACGCUCAAGAUCCAAAACAGAAGCUGCCACUGGGUGGCCUUGGAGGAAAUGAAGGCAUACAAAUACAUCAAGAUAUCGACAACAAAGAAACUCGGGCACGACAGCACCAAGCAGUUGCGCGUGUAUCGAUGUGGAUGCAGCGAGGAAAUUGUCCUCAUCUGAUCGAAUCAACAGCGCUUUUGAUGGCUGCCAUGCUGAGUGAUCGGGAGGCAGCUACUAGGGAAAAUGCAGCCUCUUCAGCGUAUGCCAUUCGAGCAGCGUACUCGGCAGCAUUCAGCCGAUUUGUCACCGGGCUUCUCGACAGUCACCAGGAUAAGCAGCGCAAGCAGAGUAUGUACGCAGUUGCAGACACAAUAGGGCUGCCAGCCACGUUUGUCGAACUACGCCAUCAGUGCACGCACGAGCAGUUACCCUCGUUGGCAAAGCUACGCACAGCGGCCAGAAAAGCGUUGCUGUGGAUUUGGGACUACCACUGGAAGCAACUGGACGAGGAUAGCAGCGACCCGUGCCUUGAUGAGCUUGAACGUUGGCCCAAGGAACGCCUACUCAAGACGAUUCAAGAGUUGACGCAGCAACUAAAAAGCACAGAGGAAGAGAAAAAGGCGACGGAACCUGGGUUUACGGAUACGACAAUGGGGGAUCAUGAAGUUGAUGCUGGCAAUGUGGUUGAAGAGGAGGACAACGACUUUGGGGAGGGAAGCUCCAACAACUACGCCUACUUGGUAGUUGACGACAAGUCUAAGGAUGCUGUCAUCAUUGAUCCUGCCAACCCUCCAGAGGUUGCACCGAUUCUGAAGGAUGCCAUUCAAGCGGGCAAGAUCAACUUGACAGCUAUUCUUGCCGAACUCGGUACCCCCAAGUUGGAUAUCAUCGGCGGCAAAGACUGCGAGGGCGUGACCAAGACGCCUGGUCACGGCGAGACCUUCAAGCUGGGUGACAUCACUUUCAAAGGUGUGCACACGCCAUGCCACACUCAAGACAGCAUCUGCUUCUUUGUGCAAGAUGGAAACGACAGGGCUGUUUUUACUGGCGAUACUUUGUUCAUCGGAGGAUGUGGACGAUUCUUCGAGGGUAAUGCCAAGGAGAUGCACGAGGCUCUGAACGAACGCCUUGCAGCGUUGCCCGAUGACACUGUUGUCUAUCCUGGACACGAAUACACCAAGGCCAACGUCAAGUUUGCCGCAUCUGUUUCUCAACGCGAGGCUGUGCAGAGCCUGCACUCGUUUGCUGAGGACAACAAAAUUACCACUGGCAAGUUCACCAUUGGAGAUGAGAAGGAACACAAUGUGUUUAUGAGAGUUGAGGACCCCGAGAUUCAGAAACAGACAGGCGAAACCGAGCCCGUGGCAGUUAUGGCGAAGUUGCGUGAGAUGAAAAACAACUUCAAUCUGCUUAAGGGCACCUGA